AUGACCUCCCUCGAAAAGAGCGAGCUCAAGGUCCAGGGCGUCGUCGAGGCUGCCCAGGACCCUGAGACCAACGUCUCCGCCGAUGAUGCUCAGAAGAAGAUUGUGGAGGAGUCCAAAAAGGCUGGCAUCACCGCCUUCACUUUCGACCCGGACGCGAGUCCCGAAGAGAAGCGCCGCCAAGCCGCAGCUGCUGUGCCGCCCGGCUUCCAUUCCCAACGGUCCAAGGGAAUCUCAGUCGUCACCGAUGUCCCCGAUUCGAGCGAGCCUGUUACCGACCUCCCCGAACCCACCAAGGCUGGCGCCAUCGAAGUCGUCAAAGACCAGGACGGAAAGACGAUCAAGUCAGGCGGAGAUCCUCACGGCCAGGAGGAGGAGCCCUUCAGUAGAACUGGUUGGGCCCCCAAGUUCGGUUGGCCCAAAGACGAGGUCCACGAGAGCCUGAGUCUGCUUGAUCACUCCACCUGGCUCGAGAGCAACAUCCCCGACAAAUUCUACGGUGACUGGUACCACAAUGCCGCAAUCAUUGUCUUUGCCUGCAUCUCCUCCUGGUUGGUAGCAGUCUUGGGCGGUGGCCUUGGCUGGGUUUUCAUUCUCAUGGCCGUUUGCUCGACCUACUACCGCACCUCAAUCCGUCGAGUCCGGCGCAAUUUUCGCGACGACAUCAACCGAGAGCUGUCCUUGAAGAAGCUUGAGACGGAGGUUGAGUCUCUGGAGUGGAUCAACUCGUUUAUGUUGAAGUUCUGGCCCAUUUACCAACCGGUCCUCGCCCAAACGAUCAUCAACUCCGUUGAUCAGGUUCUGAGCUCUGCUACGCCCGCUUUCUUGGACAGCCUGAAGCUCAAGACGUUCACUUUGGGCUCCAAACCGCCCAGGAUGGAGCAUGUCAAGACGUACCCCCAGGCUGGUGACGAUACCGUCAUCAUGGAUUGGAAGUUUAGCUUCACCCCCAAUGACACGGCCGACAUGACCUACAAGCAGAUCAAGAACAAGGUCAAUCCCAAGGUUGUUCUGGAGAUCAGAGUUGGAAAAGCAAUGAUCAGCAAGGGUCUCGACGUUAUCGUCGAAGACAUGGCAUUCUCGGGCAUCAUGCAACUGAAGAUCAAGCUUCAAAUCCCUUUCCCUCACGUUGAGAAGGUGGAGAUGUGCUUCUUGGAAAAGCCAACGAUCGACUACGUCUGCAAGCCUCUUGGAGGCGAGACCUUUGGUUUUGACAUCAACUUCAUUCCUGGACUUGAAUCUUUCAUUCUCGAGCAGAUUCACGGCAACCUGGCUCCCAUGAUGUAUGCGCCCAACGUGUUCCCGAUUGAGGUUGCCAAGAUGCUCGCCGGCACUCCGGUUGACCAGGCUAUCGGUGUGGUCGCCGUUACGCUUCACGGUGCUCAGGGUCUAAAGAACCCCGACAACUUCUCUGGCUCCCCGGAUCCUUACGCCGUGGUGACCUUGAACCGUCGCCAGCCGCUUGCUAAGACGAAGCAUGUCAAGGACACAUCGAACCCGCGCUGGAACGAGACUCACUACAUCAUCAUCACCUCUUUCAACGACUCGCUCGAUAUUCAAGUAUUCGACUACAAUGACUUCAGGAAGCACAAGGAGCUCGGUGUCGCAUCUUUCGCCCUUGAAAACCUGGAGGAAUUGGCUGUUCACGAGAACGAGCAUCUGGAAGUGAUCGCCGACGGCAAGGCCCGUGGUUUUGUCUCUUGCGACGUCCGUUUCUUCCCCGUUUUGGAGCCCAAGAAGUUGGAGGACGGCACUCUGGAGCCUCCCCCGGAGUCCAACACUGGUAUCCUCAGGUUCACUGUGGAACAGGCCAAGGAUUUGGACGGCACCAAGAGUCUUGUCGGUCUUCUCAAUCCUUACGCGACGCUGCAUCUCAAUGGCAGGGAUAUCCACCACACCAAGAAGCUCAAGAGGACGAACAAUCCUAUUUGGGACAACGGAUCUAAGGAGAUGCUUAUCACGGACAGGAAGAACGCUAAGCUUGGAGUGACCAUCAAGGACGACCGUGACCUCACAGGCGACCAGGUCCUCGGCAAGUACCAGAUCAAACUGGAAGACAUGAUGGAGUGCAUGGAGAAGGGCCAAGAAUGGUUCCAUCUAUCCGGCGUCCAGACUGGUCGUGUCAAGAUGAUGGCGCAGUGGAAGCCUGUUGCUCUGUCUGGUAUCGCUGGUGGCACCGGUGGCUAUGUCACUCCUGUUGGUGUCAUGCGCUUCCACUUCAAGCACGCCCGUGACCUUCGCAACUUUGAGACGCUCGGCAAAUCUGACCCAUACGUCAGAGUACUCCUAUCUGGCAUCGAGAAGGCGCGCACUGUUACCCACAAGAAUACUCUGGACCCCGAGUUCGACGAGGUUCUCUACGUUCCGGUUCACUCUGCUCGCGAAAGACUAGCUGUUGAGGUGAUGGACUCGGAGAAGAUGGGCAAAGACCGUAGCUUAGGUCUGUUUGAGGUCUUCGCAGGUGACUACAUCUCACAAGCGGAGAAUGGAGAAUACAAUGUGCACGAUCAGAAGAAGCUUUUGCAGGGAGGCCUGCAGCUCCAUGGUAAGGGUAUUGCCAAGGGCAUGUUGACCUACAACGUGGCGUUCUACCCCUGCCUCAACAUCGCCGACCCUGAAGAUGAGGAGGAAGAGGAAGAGGCUCAACCGAUUGAGAAGCCGGCCGAUGGCACGACCCGUUCCGCUGAUGCUGGCAAGUUUGCUGCCAUCGAACAGAAGAAGGAGGAGAAGAGGCAGAGCGGGGCUGAACUUGAACCGAGCCCGCCCAAGACUCCAGUCACACCGGUUUCACCGACCAUGCCCAGGAAGUCCAAGGAUGAGAGCGGUCCUCCUAAGAUCAGGCUGUCUCCUCAAGAACUUCUCAAGUACGAAUCUGGUCUUUUGAUCUUCAAGCUGAUGGAAGCCGAAAUGCCGGAGCACAACACGCAUCUAGAGGUGUGGGUUGAUGACAUGGCUUUCCCCUCUUACACGUCAUCAGUGGCCAAGCACAAGAAGCACACUUUCGAGGAAAUCGGCGACUGCUUCAUUCGUGAGCUCGACUUCUCUCGAUUGACCCUCAAGGUCCGCGAAAAGGGCGACAAGAUUGAGGGCAGCGAGAAGGACAAGGACCACACGAUUGCCAAGCUGCAGGGCAACACAUUGGACACAUUGAAGCAGUGCCUGAACAACCCCACGAUCCUCAAGCUGAAGGAUAAGGAGAACAGGCCUAGCAGUGUCAGGGUCAGCCUCAAGUACAUUCCUGUGAAGAUGCAACUCGACCCGAGCGAGAGUAUCAACAACAUGGGAACUCUUCGUGUCGAUGUGCUGGAUGCACAGGAUCUCCCCUCAGCAGACUCCAAUGGCAAGAGCGACCCGUACUGCAAGUUCGAGCUUAACGGCGAGGACGUGUACAAGACCAAGGUCCAGAAGAAGACUUUGCAUCCCGCUUGGAACGAGUUCUUCGAAGUCCCCGUACCGUCCAGAACAGCCGCAAAGUUCAAGGUCACUGUCUGGGAUUACGACUUUGCCGACAAGCCGGAUUUCCUCGGCGCUGCCGACAUCAAUCUUGAGCAGCUGGAUCCUUUCAGACCAAGCGAGAGCCGACUGAUCCUGGACGGCAAGUCGGGUACGGUGAGAUUGAGGAUGCUCUUCAGGCCCUCGUACGUCACUCGUACACGACAAGGCACGUCCACCUUCUCCGGAACCUUCGCGGCCCCCGGCAGAAUUGUCACGGGUGUUGUGGGUGCACCUAUCAAGGUUGGUGGUGCAGUUGGCCACGGCGUUGGAAAGGGCGCCUCGUUCCUCAAGCGUGGCUUGUUUUCGAGAAAGGAUGAUGACUCCGAUGGACAUUCAUCAAGCUUCACGGAUAUUCCAACUAUUGUUGAGAAUGGAGGCAGCCCGCCUGGCCCGACUCCUGGUCUUGGCCUCAAGCGAGCGACUGGGUUCUCUACCUCGGAUGGCAGCGAGUCUCCAGACACACGACCAGGCACCUCCAACGGCAAUGGAUCGACUUUGGGCCAUCAUCGAACUAAGAGCAACGGCGCAGCUUCUGUUCAUAGCUUGAACCCUGGCUCCCCUGGCUCUGGAUCCGCUUCCUUCACGGUCGUCUCAGCGACCGGCUUCCCUCCGUCGACAGAUCUGUACAUUGUCAUCACCCAGUUGACACCUAAGGCCAAGACCAUCGGCAAGACUAAGCAUCACAAGGACGCCACUGGUUUCUUCAGGUACAACGAAACCUUCAAGUGCACUUGCACCGCCGACACACAAUUCAAGAUUGAGGCCAAGGGUGAACAUACGUUCAAGAAUGACGACGACUUGGGCGAAGCUCUCUACUUCGUUGAUGAGAGUGGCGCCGGAGCCGAUAAGGAGAUCAAAGUCGGAAGUGGAACGGUUGUCAUCAAGAGCAGCUUUAUCCCCUCGGAAAGCUCUCUGGAGCCUGGAAGCCCCAAGUCGAUCGUUCGCCGAAGCUUCAUGGGCAAGAGAGAGAGCCGCAGCAGGGAGGGCACCCCUACUUGA